AUAACAUAAUGAAGAUUGUGAUAUCCUCCUGUCAUGUGACGAGUCAUUAUUUGAACCCAUCUAUAAACGACAGAGAAAGUCAGCGUUUAUCUGUUAAAUCACACGCGGAAUAACUCGGAUAUACAAUAGACGAUGGAAGUGAAGGAAGUGGUUUUGUUAUUUACUCUGCUACACUUGUCAUCGUCCACUACUUCAGAUAUAAAGACAAGUUACGCAUGUAAAAGUCAGGUUUACGUUAGCUGCUACACGCAUAUAUUACAAUGUGCUCCUGGCGAGAGAAUUUUUCUUCACUCGGCGGACUACGGCUUUACCAAAGGGCGACAGGAUUGUUUAAGAAACUGUCCAGAUGAUCAUUCGAACUCACAUUCCUGGCAACUAAUGGAUACAAAAUGUACGAAAACCUUCGAGAGAGAUCAUCUGAGCGAUCUUACUUCAAUGUGCAAUGGACGUGAACAGUGCUUUUUUCAUUCACCUAAGUCAACGAUUUUUCCUGGCUGUAAUAGGCUUUGGAGGCUUUGGAGGCGAGAUUAUGAUGAAUAUACCUACACCCGUAUUAUGUAUGACUGCAGACAAGCUUCAUAUCCGAUAACAACACCACAAGUAUCUGUUAUUGCUUCCCCUCCAUCAACCCACGAGACGCUAUCACCAAACACAACUGACAUGUCCCAAUCAAAUGCUUCAAGCAAUCCAAGCAGUAUGAUAACAUCGUCGGCAAAUCAUACUAGCAAUAUAACAGAUUUCACAGUUAACACCGUUGAACCAGAUGCUUCAGAAAUGACGUCACCUAAUUAUGGUGUAACUGUUGGGAUUAUUACAGGAAUCGUUGCGGUCAUUUGUAUUUUAGCAAUAGUUAUCUUGGUUAUCUUGAUUAAACGGAGGAGGAGGAGGAUUAUAAAAGAUAAACAACUGGGCAUAUCCAAUCCAGCUUAUGUAACUAAUAACUAUGCCAUAAUAACAACAAACGAUAACUCUACGUACAUCGACUUUUGUGGGCCAUCGACCAGCGUUAAUUACAGGAAUAAUCAUUUGCAUAAUUCCAAGAACUUUAACUCAGAAGCUGAUACAGAUGAACACGUUUACAACAAUGUUGGCGAGGCCACUGAUUCAGAAAAUAUGAACGUUUAUUGUAAUAGUAUGGCGUCUUCGAUUGUAGCGGAACGUAUUAAUUACAAUCAUUGGCACGAAUUAAAGGACAGCAACUCUGCUCCAUCUAAAACUAAAAAUGUGUACAAUCACCUGAACGAUUCUGAGGUAGUAGGCAGCUCUGACAAUAUCUACAUGCCUUUUGAUGGUAUCGGUGAGGCAGUUAAAGGAAUCGCGGACAGUGAGUGCGAAAAGCGCGACAUAUCUUCAGAAGAUGAUAUAAAUAACCCGCGCGGUGUGAAUCACAAGAACAAGAUUAGCCGAAAUUUAUCGAAGGCCAAUAACUCACGUUUGAAAAAAACUCCUGAUUAUGAAAAUGUUGCAAUAUUCAAAGAUAAAUAAAUUUGAACUUUAAACGAAAUUGUCUUUUUAAAAUUAAAUAUAAAAUUAGACUUUGUACGCUGUUUUGAAGAAGAACUGAUUGACUUGUUUAGAUAAACUGGCGAAUAUUUUCGGUUUCCCAAAACCAGGUCUAUUAUGUAGCAUCAUUUAGCUGGAUAUAAAGUGACGAUUUUCGUGUGUGAGGUGAAGUGUGUUCAUUUUAUUUAGAACUCUUUUUAAAAAUUCCAUCGUUGAUAUUGUAUUCUUUCAUUAUUCUUUGUGCUUUUGUACGCUUUCUGGAACACGUGAUACCAUGUAGUUAAAUAGCUAACAUCGUAUGUGGUAGUUAUAUAGCUAACAAUGUGUGUGGUAGUUAGGGUACCGUAGUUAGAUAUAGCUAAUAUUGUGUAUUAUAGUUAAAUAGCUAAGAUUGUGUGCGUUGGUUAAAUAGCUAAGAUUGUGUAUUGUAGUUAAAUAGUUAAGAUUGUGUGCCGUAAUUAAAUAUCUAACAUGAUGUAAUUAUGUAGCUAACAUAUUAUUGUAUGUGUGUUGUAAAUAAAUAAUUAAUAUUAUAUGUGGUAAUUCAGUUAUACAGUGUAGUUAAAAAUAUAUUUCGAAUUCAAGUCAACGUUAUUAUAUCGUCGUAAAAAUAAAUUUACCCGUAGGUUCACUAGGCUAUUUUUUGUAUUUACCGAAUGGUUAGCACGUGGGCGCUGUAUUAUAAGGUCUGUCAUUGAAUCAACUGGCGUGGUUUCGAUUCCCCAGUUGUACGUGACAAGGAGUAGGCUCACCUGUCCAAUCUAGUUGGGUUUUUUUCGGAUCCUCCGCCCCGCC